AUGACCAUAUGCGAGGACACACCAUCUUCCUCCCCCAUCACAUCAAAACCCCCCCCCACCCUCCUCAGCCUUCCCCGAGAAAUCCGGGAUGAAAUCUACGCCCAUGUGAUCGGCGGCCACGAAGUAUCCAGCUCAGGCCAACUGAUCCCCGCAGCCGAAAGCGACGAUGCCAUCUUCCUCUACACCUGGCACGACCUCUUCACCCUAAGUCUAGUCUGCCACCAGACCCAUGCCGAAACCAAAUUGCUGGCGUACAAAUUGAACGCCUUUCAACAUGCCGUGGGCCAGCAGCCGGCCAACCUGCCAGCCUUCCUGACGGGACCAGUGGACAAGGACGGCAAGAAUGCCGUUAGGAAAGUGUUCUUUGGUGCAAAGUUUUGCGCGAAGCGUCCGUUGGCUGAAGAUGUGAGGGGUUUGAUAGCCCGGCUGGAUGACUUGGCGGGGCUGAGGACGGUUGCGUUUAGGAAUAUUAAUAUUUAUAAGGAGGAUUGGCCGCUGCUGGAGGCGUAUGCGAAAGAGAGGAGGUUGGCUGUUUCUUUUGAGUAUUACAAUGAAAAAGGGGAGAUGUGGUGCGAGGCAAAAGUGUCGUAUCGGAAAGUCUCGAAUGGGAAUCCGCCGGCCACCUAUGGUGUGGUGUAUAGCAAUUGA